AAAAAAAAAGUGUCGUCACCAAGAGCAAUUUCCAUGUUAGCUUUUUUAAUUGUUGUUAGAUGUUUAACACCCUGGAACUCAAAAUAAGAUUAAUUUAACCGCAUAGCAUCACAUGCUUACUCCAGCUAUUCUUUAAAUUUCAUUGGAGACAGGACUUGGAUGUGAACUAGGUAACGCUAGCUAGCUGCUAACGUUAGCUAAAAAUGGCUAACUGUAUGGCUUUUCACAGUCAAAUGGCAUCCAUCAUGGAGGUGCUAGCGAAUGCAGCCGUGGCAGAGAUCUGUAAACUCGUAGAUGACGACUAUGCAGUGUUUCGUUUGGAAAUAACUCAAAGCCAGAAAGAAAACAAGGCAUUGCGGAGGAAACUACAGCAACUGGAAAUUAAGGUGGCACGGGACCGCGCAGAGAGGACAAUGCGAGAGCGCGUCCUCGCCAGUCCCAGUAGUGUCAAGAUCCUCGACCGAUACAGAGGAAAGGCAAAAGGUGAAGGACAUCUCACUGGAGGCCACAGGAGCUUUGUGAAGCCAGCGGGACACAAUACAUGGAGAGAUGACCAACCAAUCAGUUUUGAUGAGGGGAGUGGAACCUCAACUCAGCACAUUAUCGUGAUAGAGUCUGCAGAUACAGAGGCUGCAGGUCCUGGUGUCAAGCAGGAGAAGUCUGAAGGAGAGGAGGACCCGCGGCACAGCAGAAACAUCCAGACUGAAGUGGCUGGAAUGCCCCCUGUAGCCACGGAGGUCUCCACCUCCGUCCAAGUGCCGCCCAGGACCCGAGGUAACAUUACGGAGGAGGAGGAGGGUCCAGAGGUGCUGCUGGUGAAGGAGGAGGGGUGUGAGGAGGGUCUGGGGAACCCUGAGGGGACCAUGGUCAUGGAGGACAACCAGACUACUCCUACUCCUGGACCGACAGAGGAUUCAGCUGAGCAGUACAGGACCACACACAAUCUCACUGAGUCAGUAGACAUGGAGGAUGGGAAGCCUGAUCUGCUGCUGGUCAAACAAGAGACAAUAGAAGACAGACCAGAGAGCAUUGAUCUGCUGAGUGGACUACAGAUGGAAGAGCAAGGUGGUUGGCUGGAGGCUAACAGAGGAGACUGGGCGAACAUCUUGGAUGCCCAGACCCAGAUGAGUGCAGCCAAGGGCCCAGGGUACGACAUCACCGAGCAGGCCAGGACCAGAGGCGACAUAGUGAAGGUCAAUGGAUGGGACAGCGUCCUCAACUAUGGGCUGGGGAACAACACUGUUAACCACAACCAGAAACAGAGAGUGGAACACAAAACAACAUCCGAACUUAGUCUCCAUAAAAGACUGGCUGAGACCAGGGCGAGACGUAGAUUUGGUCUGCAGGGACAGGGCGGUGUCCAUAUGCAACUGGAGAGAACAGACACAUACUCGGCUAGCAAUGCUCCCUCCUGCUCCUAUAGUUGUGAUUCAGAGAGACAGGUGGCGCCUCAGGUUGACCCCCUAACAGAUUCUUCCUUUAGCCUGCCUUCUAUAGGAUCUAUCAACUGGAACAUGGACCCUGCGAUAACACAGACACUACCUGGCCUUCAUCCUCCUCACACUCUCCUAAUGUUAAACCAGACCUCAGACAAUGCCAGUGCAUCAACCCUAAAUGGCAACACAAGCCCAUUGACAAAUGACAGUAGUAGUGACGCUAUCAGCAGAUCUGGUGGCAAAGAGAAGCGCUUCCCUUGUUCAUUCUGUGGGAAAGUCUUCCGUUUGCCUAAACAGGUGGAGAUCCACCAGAGGAUGCACACCGGGGAAAAACCGUUUGGCUGCCACCUGUGCCGGGCCAAAUUCUCCCACUCGUCCAGCCUGAAGAGGCACCAGAGGGUUCACACAGGGGUGAAACCCUUCAGCUGUACCCAGUGUCAGACGUGCUUUGCUCAGGCUGGUCAUCUGAAGAGGCACCAGAGGGUCCACACGGGAGAGAGGCCGUUCACCUGUACGCACUGCGGGAAGAGGUUCUCAGAGAAGAGCUACCUCAGGAUACACCAGCAGAAAAUGCACAGGGCCCAUGUAUAGAGUAUUGUGACAUGUAGUUAGUUUGUUUGUAGUUAAUUCUGUUGGUUUUGGAUGUAGUGGUGAACUGAGGAAAGAGUAUGAUUAAAUAGAUGAUAUGUUACGCCUGCUCCCGCUUCUCCUCUCUGGCGUUUGAGGGCACCAGGCUGCCCAUCAUUACGCACACUUGUCACCAUCAUUACGCACAUCAGCAAUUGCUGGACUCACCUGGACUCUUACCUUGUUGAUUGCCCCUCCUAUAUCUGUCUGUUCCUCGGUUAGAUCCCUAUGUCAGCAUUACUGUCCGUGUUUCAUUAAAUGUUCACUCCUUGUACUUGCUUCUCGUCUCCAGUGUCUGUCCUCACAGAAUGCUGACACCCAUAUUUGAAACAUCAGGGAGGUUUUUGUUUUACUGAUAACAUCGGGUCCGGGUGACGCUGCUGUAGGAACCAGGGGUGCCUCAGCAGGCUCGUUGGGCUUCCAUGCCUUAGCUGGCUCGAGAGGUUUCCUUGCCUCUGUUGGUUCGGCAGGCGCCCAUCCCACAUCAUGCCUCAGUCAGCUCGUUGGGCUCCCUCGCCUCAGCCAGGUCGCCCGGCGCCCAUUUCUCGGCCGGCCCGUCAGGACUCAUCUGGACUCCAUUACUUUGUUGAUUGCCCCUCUUAAAUCUGUCUGUUCCUCUGUUAGAUCCCUGUGUCAGCAUAAUUGUCAUUUUUGUUUUCCCCUGUUUUCCCCAGACGCUGUCUGUAUUCUGUUCCUGUCCGUGUUUCAUUAAAUGUUCACUCCUUGUACUUGCUUCUCAUCUCCAGCGUCUGUCCUCACGAUAUGGUGAUGGUUGGUGUGAUGGUGUCUGUAAAAAUGCUUCACUGAUGAAGAGUGACAACCUUUAGGUUGAUACGGGUGUUUUAUAGUGAGAUACGGAUGGUGCCUUAAUUCAUGUUUACUUGACAUGAAGUGGUGAAGAUGUGUGUAAUGUAAUGUUGAACCUUUUCCAAAGUAUUUUUAAAUACAUUUUAAUCAAAGCAAGGGUACAAGAUUUACAGAAAAUGUAAAGUGUUACCAUAGUGAGAAAAGUUGUUAUACAUGUUAUGUUUGUGCAAUAAAAGUAAUGUACUUAAGUUAUGGGUACAUGACCAUUUUGUUGAAAUUAAAUACAAAAUUGACUCUG